CUUUUUUCAGCUCAGUCAUGCCAUUGCCGAACACUGAAUUUGGAGCCAAUAGCGAGUCUGCUAUUUGAUUUUAAUAAUACGCUAAGUUUUUUUCAAAUACUAUGCUAAAUUUUUUUUUCUCUGCGAUUUAUUUUCUCUGAAAAUGCGCGAAAUACGUCAAAUACCUUUGCUUUUUUCUCGCAGUAGAAUUUUUUUUUAAAAAGAAAAAAUUAUGUCUAUAGACGAACCUCCUUCUAUCUUGAAACGCUGGUUGAAAGAUAGAACUGGUAUUCGUAUCAGUCAAGACUAUUUGAGAUCGUGGUAUGCAGACCACCCCAAACCUAUCAGCGACUUUGAAGCGGCCUAUAAUGAGAUAUUGACUGACUUCCUACACAAGGAUAUGUCUCUCACUUCACAACCUGUGAUUCAAGAUGAUUUUGGACAAAUGCCUGUACAUACAUUUCCCUUAGGUCAUUUACAAGGCGGUGUGGUCCUACAGAUUCAAGAUACAAACGAUAUCUCAAAUUCGACCUUUUCGUUAUUAAACAGUCUUCAUAAUCUAACACCUGUACGACAAACGUAUGUAGAACGAGCAGUAGACGAAGAAGUGACAUUUCCUCGAGGUAUGUUGCGCUGGACAUUGACAGACGGCACAAAACAAAUCCAGGCUAUGGAAAUGGAAACCAUACCUGAUUUGAACUUGAAGACACCAUUUGGAUGCAAGCUACUUAUCAAAAACUGUCAAGUGAAAAGAGGCAUGUUGUUGUUCUAUAAAAACGGGAUUCAAGUACUUGGUGGGGAUGUGCCUGAAUUAUAUGGUGGCAAUAUGAUUGCUGAAUUAGAAAAACGAUUCAAGACAGAACUAGGCAUGAUUGUACAGUCCAAUACAACAAGAGAACCUGCCUAUAACAAUAACAUGCCUUCGCUUGUGAACAACUCCCAUCCACCACAGCAAAACAGCAAUGCUAUAGACGAAUUUGAUGAAUUUGAUGAUGAUGAAAUGAUCUAUAGUGCUAUAGAACAAUUAGAGAACAGAACCAUGGAUGCUGAUAUGCAUGAAUCCAGUAUGCCAUCGUCUGAUCCUGUUACUGCAUUCAGUGACGAUGAUGACUUUGUUCAGCCUUCUUUCUCGCCUAUGCGAUCUGAUGCACCUAAAUCCUCGCCCUCUUCAUCACAUAUCAGUCUUUCGAAAUCAAAGAGUCUCAAGAAGCCAAACCCAACCACUCAACCUUCUCAAGCCAUACCUUCUGAGCCACCCACCAAACGUACAAGGCACAGUGAACCCAUAGAUAGUUCAUUUACUAAUAACAGCAAUAAUGGAGAGGAAGAGGAUGAUUCUGAUCUUGAUCUUGAUUGGGUCGACCCUGAUCUCUGGAAGAACUUGAAUUAUGUCAAGCAAGAAGGUGUCACAAUCGACAAGGAUGGGAAUGUUCAUUAUACAUUUGAAGUCAUGGCAAAGAAACUAAAAGCAUUGGAAAAUGAUAUGCCUAGUGGAGAAUUAGCAGAUAUUGUGUUUGUGAAAGCCAAAUGCAUUUAUCUUCAAAACCUUCAUUUGUCUCAAACACACAAGUUUAAUCUAGAGAUCAAAGUAGCAGAUCCAGAUAGAUCAGACUCAGAGACAUUUAAUGUAGUCAUUAAUGAUGAUGUAUUGACUGGUUUAUUGGGUAAAAGUAAAUCUACUUUAAUGGAAAUAGCCAGACAUGAAGAUGGUAGAAAGCGUAUAAAGAAAGAGAUAUUCCAACCAUUUCAAAGAAAAGUUUUGAAUCAAAAAGCUAUAUUCCAACUUGAUACAUCGUUUUUACAAACAAGAGCUUCUGAAGAACACUCGGGAAAAACGACUUAUAUGCCUGUAGUGAUAGGCUAUGAAAGUUGUGCACCUUGAGCCAUGAUCACUGUGCUUAUACCCUUUACUUUUUCUGUUUAUUAUACAUUGUAAAUACAUUAAUUUCAAAAACCCUUUAUCUAGGAAUAUUUUCUUUCUGCAUUUGGCCUGAAAUAAAAGUUAGCCCAGUUUUUUUUUUUUUUUU